AUGAAGAAAGCCUCGGCAAGUCUUAAACGUAGGGAUGGACAACAACUGUACGAGCCCUGGAUGGACUACAAAGAAGAUACUCGUGUAUCCACACUUGAGGGUACUCCACCCGCUCCGGCCGGAACAGCGCAAACUCGCUAUCGCUUCAACAACGAGUACGCUGAGAGUGUAUCGACGCCGAGUGUUGCUUCUAUAUCCACGAAACGUGCUCCACCUUUGAUCCGUACUCCUUCCCGCACUCCCUCUUCGAGAAAGUCAACACCAAAACCAACAUCAGCAGAACAGAUGCUCAAAGCAAGGCUAGCAUCAGCAGACCGACCACCGUCCAAACCAAAACCAUCGUCAGCGGAUCAAUCAACGUCUAAACAACCGCCUUCGCGAGGACAAUCAGUUCCACGAACGCGGUCGAUAGCACGAACACCACCUCCACCGUACACGACAAAGGCGGACUACUCCAACGAUCAAAAACUGAUUGGUAAAAUCGAAUUUGAAUUCAAAGCAUUCUACACAUGGACCACAAAUGGCACAGAAGAUGACUUGACCACCAAACACAUUGAAACUCUUCUUUUUCCGAAUCUGUGA